AUGGCUACCCCCUUCCAGGACAGCGUGGUCCUCUUCGGAGACUCGAUCACGUCGCAGCAGUACGCCCCCCUGUCGAUUCAGGCGCGCUUUUGUGAAGCCUACCGCCGCACACUGGAUAUCUUGAACAGGGGCUAUGGAGGUUACAACACGCGUUGGGCUCGCGAGCUGUUCCCCACCAUUUUCGCCAAGAAGGAGGACGCAGCUCACGUCCCGACUGUGCGCCUGGUGACAAUCUGGUUUGGUGCGAAUGACUCUGUGGUCCCAGACAUCGGGCAGGAGGUGUCCCAGCACGUCCCGCUGGCAGAGUACGAGGCCAACCUCCGCUUCUUCCUCGAAUCGCUUACGGCUCCCGACUCGCCAUACGCUGUCGCCCAUGCCAAGGGUCUGAACAUUGUCUUGGUGACCCCGCCGCCCCUGCUCGUGAGCAUGAUGGCCGACGACCCGUCAUUCGCGUGCCAGCGCGUCCCAGCCGUGACCAAGACGUACCGUGACGUGGUCCUCUCGCUGGCCGCCGAGUACAAGACCAAGGAGACACCCGAGGGCAACUGGCGCAUCGGUGCCGUGGACAUGUGGGGUGCGACUAUCGCCGCAGCCCGCGGCGAGGGCGAGGGUCUGCGCGAGUUCCUCGUCGACGGCCUCCAUCUCACCACAAAGGGCUACACGGUCUUUUGGGACGAGUACAACAAGCUGGUCAAGAACGAGUUCCGCGGCCGCGGCCUCGACUACGAGGACCUCGAGGACCUGCCCAUGCGCGUGCCAGCGUGGGACUCGCAGAAGGACGGCAUGCGCCUUCCUCCUAUCCGCAGGACCUGA